AUGAUAGUAAUUGGAUGCGGAUUUGGCCGAACAGGGACUCUAAGUCUGAAAACAGCGCUUGAUGAUCUUGGCUUUGGGCCAACCUAUCAUAUGUUCGAAAACAUCAAAAACAACGACAACGAAUUCUGGACCAAAAUCGGCCUCGAAAAAGACCCGAAAAUCCGCCACAAACUUCUCAAGGAAUUUUUCGACGGCUCAAUUUACAACAGCACAGUCGAUUUUCCCGGAAAUGUAUUUUUUCAAGAUCUGAUGGAAAUUUAUCCAGAUGCAAAAGUGAUUUUGACCGUUCGAGAUUCGCCGGAUAUUUGGGCAAAAUCAGCGCAAGAGACGAUUUUUGGAUACGAAAGUGGAUCGAGAUGGAGUUUUGAAAGACUGCCGGUUGUGAAGGAGAUGUUGAGAUUUGUGCCAGGAAUGGGGUCUUAUCAGCUGACGAAACUUAUUGAGACGAAUAUUUCAAGAAUGUUUCUUUGCGAAAAUCCUGCUUACUCCCUUUCUGGGCUUUCUGAAGCUUAUUCUGACUGGAUCAUUUUCUGCAAGUCAAAGAUUCCGAAAGAAAAACUUCUUAUUUUAAAUUCCCAGAUGAAAAAUUUCCAAGAGCUAAUGAUCGAAAAAGCUUCAACAGCUGGCACAUGCUUAUCCAAGAAGGAAAAGUAA